AUGUCUCCUGCUCAGAUUCUUCCGGUUCAUGCAGAAACCAACACGAGAUCAAAAUAUGGGGAAGGUUAUUCAAUAGUUUUCGACGCGUCGGUGAUCCAAUCAGAAUCCAAUAUACCCUCCGAAUUCAUAUGGCCGGACGAGGAUCAGCCAAGCCCAGACCCACCGGAGCUCGACGUUCCUGUGAUCGACCUCGCAGACUUCUUUUCUGAAGACGAGGAGACCAUUUCCAGAGCUUCGAAGCUUCUGAAUGAAGCAUGCAAGAAGCAUGGAUUCUUUGUGGUGGUCAACCAUGGGGUGAAGCGGGAGAUUGUGGCGAAAGCCGAGAAGUACAUGGACUUGUUCUUUGGGAUGAAGCUGAAGGAGAAGCAAAGGGCGCAGAGAAAGGUGGGAGAAAGCCUUGGAUAUACAAGUAGUUAUACUGGUAGAUUCAACAGUAAUCUUCCAUGGAAGGAGACUUUUACGUUUACAUAUUCCGGCGAUCCUGAAAAAACCAACAUUGUCCAAAAGUAUAUCGCAGAUACACUCGGUGAAGAUUUCACAGAAUUCGGAAAGGUGUACCAAGAAUACUGUGACGAAAUGGGGGAACUGCUGGUUGCGAUAUUGGAGGUGUUAGGGAUGAGUCUAGGCAUUGGGAAGGAGUUCUUGAAGGAAUUUUAUUCAGAUCAUGAGUCUCUGGUUAGAUUGAAUUACUACCCACCAUGCCAGACGCCAAAUUUAACCCUAGGAACUGGGCCUCAUUGUGAUCCAACCUCCAUAACAAUCCUCCCAGACCAAAUCGGCGGCCUUGAAGUUCUCUACGAUGGAAAAUGGCAGAACGUUCGCCCCAUUCCAAAUUCUUUUGUCAUAAAUAUUGGCGACACCUUCAUGGCUCUAUCAAAUGAUAUAUACAAGAGUUGCUUACACAGAGCAGUCGUGAACAGUCGGUGUGUGAGGAAAUCUAUUGGGUUCUUCGCGAAUCCAAGAGCAAACAAGGUGGUGACGCCACCGCUGAGCUUGGUUACAGCUGAAAAUCCAAGAGUAUAUCCAGAUUUUAACUGGGAGACUUUUCUUAACUAUACGCAGAAAUAUUAUCGACCUGAUAUAAAAACUCUUGAUGCAUUCAGCAAUUGGCUCCAAAAGAAUGCCACCGUUUGA